AUGCCAAAGAGAAGGCUCCCAAACAGCGGCAAUCAAACGGACAACGAUUCCUCCCUCCGACAGCAAGGGAUAUUUUCCCGUUCGUCUUCCCGCAAGAGGAUAUCAGAAGUAUUCACCAAACUAGCAGAUGCUUUCAAUAAGCAUGCAGAGUAUCAUAAGACCACGAAAAGCUUUGUUCGACCAGACGAAGAAGAAGCGAAGUUGCCAGAACGAUGUCGCAAGGAUUUGGCAAGUGUCCGAGCAUUGCUGCCCAAACUUGAAAAGUGCUUUCCUCCCCAGCAGGCGGUCAAUUGCGAUGCUUCCGAUUUGGCGCAUUUGUGUAAUUUUUACGAGCGAGUCCUUAGGGGGGUGUACUGUCCUCAUUCUCCAGGGCUAUUUCAAUGGGGAAGGGUUCCAAAGGAUAUCUUUCUUCGGAUUCACUUGCUCCUACAUCAUUCCAUUUGCCCCUCGGUGGUCACGAAUGCGAGCGGGUCAUCAAGCAAGGAUCGUCCGCAAGUAGCAAUUUCAAUUGCGGAUACGAUAGCCCAGCUGCUCAGCUUCUUGGCUGAUGAUACGCUAAGGAAGUGGAUCGUGAAAGAUUUGGUUUCCUUGCUCAAGGACUCGACGGUGGUGAUAACGGGGAACAUAUUGCCAUCAACCAUUUUGGUGUGGGAAGAAACCGCCAAAGCGUCCGGGGGAAAGUCCAUGGCAUGUGAGCUCAAGUUAACCAGUAUCGAAGAGGCUUGGCUCCUACAAACAGUGGCCAUGAAGAUUCUACAGGAAUACCUGACAGUAAUCAAGGCCAAAGUCGUUGCGUCCUUUACGAAUAUGAACUCUAGUUUGGACGGAGAUCAAUCGAUUCUUCCAUUCGGAAACAUUGAUAUGAUAUUUUCACCAAACCUCAUGGACAAACCGUCGAUAGCCUACAUUCUUGCAAUUGUACGCCACAUGCUACUAUCGACCCCGCCAUCGGUUGUACGCAAAAAGCACCUGGUCUUCUUGCGCCAAUUUACCGCACUUGGCGUCCUGAGGCAACUGUUUGAUGAUUGGGGGCUUGAUUCUGUGGUAUCUACUACUCUUAUAGAGGCUUCGGUCUUGGCUGUACGGGCAACUAACGAAUACUUGUCAUCGACACGUUCGACAUCGACGGAUUACGAAAGCAUGCUGUUCCAGCUACUAGUACAGGUGCUGACUCGGCCGCCAAGAGUGAGUGGGGCAAACUGUUCUAGUGACACAAUAGCAUUGGUUUGUAGGCAUACACUGCUUCCACUCUUGGAAUGUAUCAAAUCAAUUGCCAAGAGGCGGGUCCAGGAACGUUCGACGCUGGACUCUGGAAUCUUUCAAUUGAUUCAUAUUGUGCUCCACGCACCAUCGGCAGCUGAGAUUCUCGAAACGGCUGCUAGCUUGUGCUUGGCCAAUGGGGUUAUUCCACAUCUGGUAAAUUGCCUAGGAGAUCUGAAUCUUGCUUUGUAUGCGAGUGGGGUGUUUGGUCGCAUAAUGGACGAAAGCAGUUUCGUGGAAGGGACACGAGAGUUGGCAAUGUUCACUUCUACCACCGAUCGAAGGGCCAAAGCUGACCGAGAUCCGAUCGCUGGCUCCAAACGGAAACGUGAUUCUCAACGGAAGGAAACUGCUAUCCCUUUACAGGCGCUGGAUAUGUCUCCCUCAUUGCGUUCUCCGGGCCGUCGUAUCUCGGUCUCACAAAUGCAACAGUAUUCCCCGUGGUUGAACACGUAUCCUUGCCAACUGGGCUCCGAGCUCAGACGAUUAUUGGAAACGGCAUUAUUUGCAGGCAGGAGAUUAGAAAGUUGGUUCAAGCAGGAAUCCAAACGUGAUGAUAUAAAGGACCAUGAUGUCGCAUUGCUGAUUGCAAGUAUUCGAUUGAUGCUUGGUCAAGUCUGGGAACAAUCGUCACGAAUCAGCAACGCCUCAUUCCUGCGCUGCUUCGAUGUUAUUCAUCUACUGCUGAAAUAUUUGAAAGGGUGCAGCGAUGAGCUGAUGAAAAGCGAUGUGAAGACUUGGUCGCCAUCACACCUCGUCAUCGCUCAAGCUGUUGCGUCGACUGGCUUGUACUUGCUAUAUGUAACCCAAGGCAUCUACAGCUUUUUGACCAAAGGCCAAAUAGAUGGUCUAAAGAAGGUAAUCGAGGAUUUCACACAUGUAACAUCAAGACUUGCACUGGCUGAUCUAUCAGCGGAGGCCGGUGGUCUCUUGACAUUGGAGAAUAUACCAACUUCGUACAGAGACUUCUCUCCCUCUGGGAUCCUUGGUCUGCAAUCACUCCAGACUACUGAAAGUGCUGAUAGUCACAAAAUGCAAGCCGGCGUUUUGUCCACCCUCAUUUUAAACGCGACGUCUUCGUUGCUUUUGACCCACUGGGAAAGAAAUUUCUAUCCAAUAGACGUUGACCGGUGCAUCAUUUUGUUUGACUUGCUACCUCUGCAAUCAAGGUCUUGUUUGCUCGCAUUCACAAACAUGCCUUCGAAGAACACAGACCAAGAAGAGAGAGAUUUGUUUGAGGCCAUUAUUGGGCGGAACUUCUCCUUGCUAUCUUCGCCCUCAGCGACUAGAGGAUUCUUGUGGACAAUUUUCUAUUCUCCGCUGUAUCUUAUGUCGCGAAGUCGGGCUGGUACUGCACAGGACUGUCGAGAGACUUUCAGUCGUCUGAUGUCUAAAUUGCUGAAAAGUAGUUUUGAACCAAUUGGAAGAACAAUUGACUCGAAAGAAGAAACUGCCGUCGAAGUUGUUCUUCUGACACUAACACGUCUGAAAGUAAUGUGCGACAGAGGUACUGAUGAUGACUACUUCACUUCCUUUCAUCAUCCGGCAUCCGUUGCAGAGUACAUUUUUGUGGGAAACGAAUGGUCAGAUUAUGCCUUCAACUCUGGAACAUUUCAGAACGAUUCAUGUCAUCUGCUGUGCGGUGCUAUGCUGUCUGUUGCGAAGAAUGUAGCACACGACCACGCCAAUGCAUCAAUCCGAAUGUUACGUUGGAAGUGCAUGGCAGCUGCGUGUAUUGGAUUGACGAGCGAAGAAAUCCGGCGACACACAGAAGUCAAUGCGAAACGUUCUCGAAUCCAAGAACCUGUAGGCAAUUCCAGCUCAUGCUUGUUCUGGCUACUUUCCAUACCCUUUUUAGACACCAACGCAAAUGUCAGGAGAGAGUUGUCAAUGAAGCUACAUCAGUUGAUAAUGUCUGACAAAUAUAGCCUCCUCUUUGCGCUAUUUGCUACUUCCAGGGAUACUAAAGCCCUGAAAGACAUCAGCAAUCCAAUCAGUAUGGAGAAAGCAGCAAUUCUUGGAUCGAACGAAUUGAAAGAUGCCGCUGAUAGAGUUGUUUCUAGCUUCUUUCGUUCCGUCGACAGUCUUCUACUCGAUGUUCGCAGCGUCGCAGAUUCACAACUGUCAUUCACCGUUUCCAAAUCAGAUGAAACAUCCCGGCACGAUCGACAGGCAUCGACCGAGAAAUUCUUGUUUCAGCGAACGGCCCUCACCAUCUUCAAGUCGCUUUGUGGUCAUGCGCUGUUGGAUGAUCCAGUUGGGGUGAACUUCUUCGAGAAGUCAUUCAUUAGGCUCGUUCGGAUGUGGGCGGCUCCCUUGGUUGAGAAGUUGACAGACCCUAUUUUUCCCGAUCUUCCAACCACUCCUGGAAGUCGUGGCCUUGCAUUUGGAGGGUUUGUCUGUGUUUCAAGAAUUCACAUGCUCCCUUCACUGAUAUUCGAGGAAUGUUUGUGCCCCACUUUUUUGGCUGCGAUAUUUUGUGAUAUUCUUAUCUUGAGUGCGAAUCAUAGCAAAGAAGUUCAGUAUUCCAUGCUACAAAACUUUAUACGAUCGAGUGUCGCUACCUCACGUUCAAAAGGGCGGAAGUUGAUGUACAAGUACACCCUCACUCUGCUUGACUUGCAGCUCCCAAGAAUUAUGUGCCAAUUUGUUGUUGAAGAGGAUGUUGAACUUCUUCGGUUGACGACUAGCUUUAGAGAGUUCCUUGAUGAACGUUCGAAGGAAGCAAAAAAGAAAAACUUUGACAGUAGAGGUCUAGUUGGAAGUUCGAACGAGUCACUUGAACGAAAAUCGGCCGCUUGCGACCUCAAUAGUCAUGAAUUAGAUCGACGAACAAAACGUCUUUGCCUUCGGCCGACAGUGAUUGAGCAAAUUCUGCCGCUUGUACUGAUGCACUCAAACCGCGGAGGUUUGGUUUUCCUCUUAAGCAAGGUUCUUUCGGGCAUCUCACUGAAGGAAAUCUUGCAAAACAGGGAGCAGCUUAUCCUGAAAGAGCUUGUUUGGGCACUGGGAAGCGAUACUGAAAUAAUUGGAUCAGUCUUACAAGCCAUCAAAGUUGCAGCAACUGCACUUCUUUCAGAGACAAAGCGGUCAUUGUCGAGUGACGCCUCAAACAACAAAGAUCCUUCCCUUGCUUCUCAGUGGGUGACUUCGCAUUUCAUGUAUCUUCUGGUAAAUGUGAUCCAAUAUAGAUGGAAGGCUCGAACGAAGAAAGAGCAGCUCCAAGCAAUUCGGUGCAUGUAUAAAGCCUUGAAUAUGCUCCAACCGUCAGAGGCAGCUCAGUAUUUUCCACAGAUACUCCAAAUUGCCACAAUUUCUAGUACCGAUGGUUCCGGAUUGUCAGCCUCUGAAGCCUCGCACUUUAAUUGCCUUCGACUUUUCGCGGUGAAGUCCUUGUCGAAGUUCGUACGGCUGGUCUCGGGGUGUAACUUGGAAACAAUUGCUUCUAACUUGACAACUAUUGUUGUCACUUUAAUCCCAAUUGUCAGUGAGAAGAUCGACAAGAAUGGUAGUUCAGGUCAUUGGGCUCUGAAUGAGGCACAAACAGAGGCAGUGAAGCUUCUUCAGUUUCUUGCAAGCGGUGAAAUCGGGAAGGCACUAUCUCGAUGUUUCAUAGAGAUUCCCUUCCUACCUCAGCUGCCUUUGUUACAAUCAGUUCACGAUGCUUUGAGAAGCAACAAAGUUGAUUUCGACAAUCUUGCGUUGCUUUCUUCCCCUACACCAGUCGAGGAUUCUUCAAGAAGAACGAGUGCAGCUAGUGACUUUUCGUCAACGAUGGAAAGCAAAUCGACUACUUCACUGGGGAAUAUGGACAAACUUAAUGGACUCCAGAGACGUCUCUAUACAAUGGCAGCGCUGCUCGACAACGAAAACAUUAGCGUGAGAAAUGUCGUUCUUGAGCAUUUGACAGACAUACUGCGUGCAAAUAGAGAGGCGUUCCAUAUGAUUGUCGAAAAUGAGGGAUCAGACUCCACGAAGCACUAUAUGACAGUGAGGUAUAAAGAGAAGAAUCUCAAGGAGGAGAAUCAACGCGCAACAGACUGGACAUCACGAGGCACAAUCGUGAACUUGAUGGAAAAAUUGUUGUCGAGAUGUGUACAAGAAACCGAGACAAAGACUCGCAUAUUACUUGCGAAGUGCUUGGGAGAGGUUGGGGCAAUAAAUGAACUGAAGAUGGGUGAUUUGAAGAUUGGCGUGGCAAUAGAUUCUGAAUCUGUUGAUUCACCAAACAGCAUGUACCAAUGGAGGCUUGAUCAACCGCCUUGGCAAUCUCGAGCUGCAAAAUACGAGUUGCAACUUGUUACAAGGCAUCUGGUUAUUGCUUUACGUUCUGCCCCAUCUUCAUCUGACCAACACAAGAUUGCAUUUACAAUUCAGCAACUGCUGGUACUAUUAGAUCGAUCUGCACGACAAGCAGAAGAUGUCGAUGUCGAAGAAGGUGCAAGGAAUACGAGCGUCAUGUCAAAAUGGUUGAGAAGCAAGUUGGUUGAAAGCAAUGUCUUGGAAGUUGUAGAGCCGUUUUGGUUUUCUGAGUUCCAUGAGAAGUCUGAAGGUUACGUUACAAGGGAGCCGCCAUUCUUCGAAACUUCGAAGUCAUACUACGCAUGGCUCUCCAAUUUCUGCCGAUGGAUGAUCUCAAACUCCUUUAGCGACGAAGACAGCCCAUGGAGAGCAUUCUUUCACGGUUGUAGAACUGCGAUUAGGACUCAAGCCGGAGUUUCAUUGGCUGAGUUUAUCCUACCGCUGUUACUUCUAGACCGCAUAUGCUUCGGAUCAGAUAUAGAAGAGGAAGCCAUUCGCAACGAGAUGUUGGCCGUUUUUUCGUUAGAGUCUCCGAGUACAACAGACAUGAAUCACAGUGAUCGGCAAAGGGCCGUAAACGUUCUUUUUGUGAUGAUGGACACUCUAAACUAUUGGGAAGAACGUGAAAUCGAGGACCGUUUCAAGGUUUCAAGGUCAAAUUCAAACAAUUCAAGGCGCAAAGCGACCGAAUCAAAACCUACCAAUGACAACUCUAAGAAGGGUGGUAGCUGGCCAGCGGAAAAGUCCAUAUCCCGAAUCGAAGAUCUCCUAUCAAGUAUCCCACUCUCUGUUCAGGCAGAAGGCGCCGCUCGGGUUGAUAUGCAUGCUCGAGCCCUUCGGCUGCUUGAAAUGGCUGGUCGACUAAAUAAGGUCGAAGAGAUUUUCGAAUUAAAUGGCGUUAAAGGAAAGGGGGCCAAGAACACGACCGUCACGAUUGAAUCGUUUCAGUCUGGAGAAGCGCUUGUUGCCAGUGCCAAUGACGCUGCGUUGAUGAAAGAAAUUUUAGCACGUUUGGACGAUUGCGAGACAAUGCUUGCACUUGGCGGAGAUACAUUCACUGCAAGCCCAUCGCUUCAAGCUCGAGAUAGCAUUCGGCAAAAGGAAGCUUCUGGUGAUUUUGAAGGUGCGUUGCAGGACUAUGAACGUGCUAUGCAACUAGAGCACACAAAAACAAAAGACCUUGGCUUACGGAGAGGGAUUCUGCAAUGCCAGCUCGAACUAGGGCAAUUUGAAAGUGUACUGAACCAGGUUGCGGGUCUAACUAGCAUGCAACAUUUGCAAAAGACUCCCGUUGCUUCAUUUGCUGUCGAAGCUGCCUGGCGUCUUGGCAGGUGGGAAACACUCUCUGAUUUGAUUACAGAAAACGACAAAGCAUCUUGCAAAGCAGAUGUACAUGACUUCUCCAUUGGCAAAGCGAUGGUAGGACUCUACGAGAAAGACGAAGAAAUGGCCAGAAUAGCCUUAGAAUCCUCGCGCCUUGACGUUAUGGAGGGUCUGUCAAGUAUGGCGAGGGAAAGCUAUUCUAGGAGCUACACAUACAUGGUCCGUCUGCAGUGUAUUCGAGAGAUAGAAGAUGCUUCCCACAUGUUGUGCUGUAGAGAAACUCAAGACUCAUUCACAUUGAGCGAAGUCGCGCAUUCAACACUACCGGAAGGGUGGGCGUGGGCAGAGCGGCUGAAUGCUACUACUGCGCAAGGGGCUUCGAAAGUGAUCAACUCAAGGGUGGCAAUUGCUCGGCUAUCGGACGAACCUGAAUUGGAAGCAUCACUGUUUCUAAACAUCGGAAAGCGGGCACGGAAAAGACAGCUACACUCGAUCGCUGAGAACUUCUUCUCCCAAGCUCAGGCAGCUUUUGCCAAAAUACGAAGUGGGGAGAUUGCUAAGACCUCUAGGCUCGGAAGCAUUGUCGACGCCACGAGCAUCCAAGUUGCAAAAUUGAAGCACGCGACAGGUGAAAGCGCACUUGCGUUCAAGAUUCUCGGUCACGAGUCCAUGCAGAUCACACUGGACAAGAUGCUCUACGAUUCUGAAAACCCAGACAGUCUCAAGAAGAUCGCAGUGAAAUACGAAAGGCAGCGUCUCUCAGUGAUUGCAGCAUUAAAAGGGCAAGUGCAUGAAACUGAUGAUACGCUUACUGACCGCUUUGCAAGGAGACUGCUACGUCUCACUCAAUGGACUGUUGAAGGGGGUUUACGUGGAGGAUCUGAAAUUACGCGACGAUAUCGCAUUAUCCACAGACUUGCACCAAAAUGGGAAAAAGGUCACUUUCACUUUGGGAAAUACAUUGAUUCAAUGAUGCAGUCACGGGUGGUCGCUUUGGCCAGCGAGUAUUUUGACGAGAAAGUUUUACAUGGAGUGGAUGAAGAUUUGGUUCGGACGAGCGUAAUAUACCGUGACUCAGUUUGCCAAGAGUAUAUCUUGAAUGCAAUGAAGCACUACGCUAUUGCCUUGAGACUAGACUCCAAACACGUUUAUCAAGCUCUACCACGACUCCUUUCCCUAUGGUUCGACUUUGCUUCAAUAGACCCUUCCAACCAGAUAGUCCCGGAGGAUUUCAAUUCUUCAGGACACGACAAGCUAUUGAGUAGGAACAAAAAUGAAGCAAACAAAUAUAUGGCGAAUAAUUUGAAGGAAAUCCCUCCUUCUGCUUUCUAUACCGCUAUACCACAGCUUGUAUCGCGAGUAACACACAGAGAUAGGGAUACUUCCAGUGUUGUUUAUGGAAUCCUAAAGCGAGUGCUUGUGAAGUUUCCGCAACAGGCAAUGUGGCCGCUAGCUUGCCUAAAGGGAUCGAAAAAGAUAGAGCGACAAGAGAAAGGAGAAAGCCUGUUCAAGGAGGCGCAGAAAAAUCUAGGCAAAAAUCACAAAAGGAUGCAACAGAUGCUGCUUGAAUCGACAAGUCUGUUCAAAUAUCUUAAAGAUUUGGCCACCUUAACGUCAACUAAUGGAGAUUCUCUUAACGUCAAACCGUGGAAGGGAAGUGUUGAUCUCUGCGAAUUUGUUGCGCCAGUGCAAGCAGCACUAUCUAUCUCUCCCAUGUCGAACAGCAGUAGCCCCAAGGAUUUCUUCCCACGCAACAUUCCUCGAAUGCGUGCAUUCUCAUCACGCGUCGCUGUGAUGUCAUCAAAGGCAAAACCAAAGAGAAUCAAAGCGUUUGCAGUACCAGGGAGCUUCCAGCAAACAAAGCGAACUAAAGAACCUUACAAGGUUUCGUCGUCCAACCCAUUGUCAUGUGAUGUUGGAGAAAUCCACUUCCUCAUAAAGAAAGAAGCAAAGGGUGACUUGCGAAAGGACGCUCGUGUUCAAGAUUUCAAUAACGUUAUCAACAGGUUGAUGGCAUCCUCAAGUGAUGGCUCCAAGUCUACACGACGACGAAGACUUCACCUACGGACUUUCACUGUGACCUGCCUAUCUGAAGAUACAGGAAUUCUUGAGUGGGUGCCAGAAACGGACUCUCUUCGAAAUUUGGUUCAGCAAGCUUAUAACCCCCAGACAUCGCCAUUCUGCCGUUGCCGACGAGGUGUGCGCCUUGCCAACUUUGGAGAUGCUGCUCUGCGUUCUAACUAUGACCGCUGUCAGGCUACGUACUUCAAGGAUGGAAACCUGUUGAGAGCAACACAAUUGUUCCAAGAACUUUGUUUGAAGCAAUAUCCACCACUACUUUAUUGGUGGUUUGUGCAGAAAUUUCACGAUCCAAACAGUUGGUAUGAAGCGAGGAAUCGCUUCACUCUCAGUGCUGCUGUAUGGUCUGCGGUUGGUCAUGUCAUUGGCCUCGGAGAUCGGCAUUCAGAAAAUAUUUUGGUAGAUACCACUACUGGGGAAUGCGUCCACGUUGACUUUGAUUGUAUCUUUGACAAGGGACUCAACCUGCCAAAGCCAGAGGUGAUUCCAUUCCGUCUAACAGCCAAUAUGGUAGAUGCAUUUGGGCCGACAGGUGCGGAAGGUAUCUACAGCGCCGGUUUGCAAAUAGCAAUGCGAACACUCCGUGACAAUCGUGACUUGCUGCUUUCUGUGCUUGAACCAUUUCUCAAAGAUCCAGUAAUCGACUGGAAGCGGUACCGUAGCCAACAAAAAGGCAAUUCUUCAACAGAUCAAGCAAAGAGGUCGAUAAAGGUCAUUGAUGAGCGAUUGCGAGGGAUCUACAACCUUCGCAACCCGAAUCUAAAGAAGUAUAGGCGCACUGAUGGACUAACGACUGAUCAAGACGACGAGCUCACCCACUUGGUUCCACUGUCAGUAGAAGGUCAGGUGAACAAGAUGAUUACGGAGGCAACUGCUCCAGAGAACUUGGUCCAAAUUUACGUUGGGUGGAUGCCUUGGGUGUAG